AUGGCCCCCAUGAACACAUACUGGCAGCUCCUAGCCGAUAGCCUCUCCGAAUGGAGAGAGCGGGCGAGUGGCGGGAGUCGAGCGACCCAGCUUCCUCCAGCACGGCCUCCCUCAGCCCCGGCCGCUCCACUUCCCGCCGCAUCCCCGCCUGCCCGGACCCCCUCGCCGCAGCUCUCAGCCACCCCGCAAUUCUCGUCGCCAGCCCGGGCCCAUGCCGGCGCCGCCGCCGAUCCCCUCCGCCCAGGCCCGGGACCGUCCGGUCCGCCAGGCCCGUCUUCCCCCGCCGGGAGCUCCCCCCGCCGGCUGGUCGAGCAACUAGAGACGCUGGCCGAGCAGGCAUCCGUCCCGCACAGCGUGGUCGCCUGCCUCCGUCGCUUGAAGGCCUCCAUCCACAAGAGACGGCGGGCGCCGGACGCGGACGAGGAGAGCGAGCGGCGCGCAAAGGCGCCCCGGACCCAGCCCGUCUUCGCCGACGGGAACGCCGCCCUCGCCGGCUACGCCCGCGUCUUGAGCCCCGCCCAAGCCGCCGCUGCGCUCCCCAACAUCCGCGCAAUCCUCGCCAUCAUCAUCGCCAAUCGUCCCCCGCAUACGCCAGCUCCUAGCACCGCGGGAGCGCGCCUGACGUAUCGGGCCCGUGGACUCAGCCCGAUGGACUGGCUCAAGCUUGUUGAGCAGAAAUGUCCCGACAUGUACGUGUUCCCAAACGCACACAUCUUGGCCGGGAACCCAUGCGUCGACCGUCCAGCCCUGGAAGCGGCAAUGAACGGGCGGGGGGCGGCGGCUCCGUGGGCCGAGAAGCUGUUCGUCCGCUUCGCGCACGCCUUCCAGGCCCACCGCGCCUCCUCGAGACUCGGCCUCACACAGGUCGUCCUCCGGGCCGUGUAUCUGGCGAGCCCGACGGCCGCGGACGAGGCCGGUGCGCCGCUGGACCCGCUGGUGGCCCAAUACAUCGACAGCGCGCCCUUCGAGCAACUCUACUCCUGCUGCCAGAAUCUCGUCGCCGCCAUCACUAACCUUCGCGGCCUCACCAAGGCCAAAGACGUCUCCUUUGCCCCGCUUGCGUGUUACUUGUCCUCCGGGGUUCGCGGCGUCCUCUUUGGGCCGCUCAAAGCUCGUUACUGUCCCCCUUCCUGUGCAGCCCAGCUAUUCCACAUGCUCACGAUGUUGAUCGACCGAGACGUCGCUCUGCCUCAGGAGACAUUUUGGACACGCACGCAGGCCCUCCUCCACGACCGGAUCUCCCAGGCGCUUUCAGCUCCGACUGUGAUCGGUCCGCUGCCACGAGCAGACCUUGCCCGGGCACUCUCGGCUGACUUCUUGCAAGGCUGGAGUAGGGCGGGCGAGUCGUCUUUCGACUUAGUUCAUCUCCCUCAGCCUUACAAACCAGAUAGUUCCUUCGUCUCGAAUCUGAAGCGGCUUCUAGCUCAACCCGAGUCCGAUUCUCGAUCCCUGAUCCUGCAAACUUCGCCACCAAGCAACCCAAAAACCGCCCCAUCCUCCCAACCUUCCGCGAUGGCCUUCUCACUCCAGCUGAUCUCGAUGGUGAUGAUGGGGUGUGUGCUGAGCGUCCGCGAGACGGUUGGCCACCCUUUCGGCAUCCCGAGCGGCCGGCCGAUGGCGCCGCAGGGAACAGCGGCGACGCGAGACCCAGUCCAUCUUUCGCCGUCCUGCCAGGUGGCAGCCUCGGCCUUAUUGGGCGGAGAAGUCAGCCGGUGCGCGAACAUGUUCGGCCUGGCGUCGAUCUUCGAGGCCAAGGAGUCCCUCGUCUCGCCCAUCAACGACUGGGUCUCCGGCGCUUGUGCCGCUUCCCCCUGCUCUAAACAAGCCCUCGCCUCGGCCAGUCAUGCGAUCAAGACCGAGUGUGCGAGCGAUCUGCAAGAAGGCGCGAUAGCGGCGGUGGCCAUGUACAGUAUCCUCACCCACUACGACGUCACUAGGGACAUGUUUUGCACCCAGUACACUCAGAACUCCGCGUUCUGUCUCCCCUCCGUUCUGGGCGAUGUCGAGGCACAAUCCGGCGAGAAGAUCACGCUCGGCGAGGUCGUGUCCCUGAUCUCCGGAAAGCUGACGGAGGCGGACCGGGCCUUCAUGGCUGUGCCCAAGGCGACGUAUUGCACCCCAUGUGCCCAUGCGAUCGUGACUAAAUCGGCGACGAUGAUCGACGCCAUCCGCGCCCACCCCGCCGGCAUCCCCUUCGACUACACCCCCACGUCCGCCGUCCACCAGAUCAGCGAGAUCUGUGGGCGCGCAUUCGAGGACCACAAGCUCCCUGGCGCCGUCCGCGUCGCAGCGUUCCCCAAGACCGGCGCUCCUGGUGGCCCUGCUGCCGAUAACUACCUGGCUUGA